CUAUGUUGAUAUUAUAGUAGGAAAAAUUUUGUUUUAAUAAUGAAGGUUGUAUAACAUUUUUCAUUUAUAAAAAAUCUGCCUUUAAAAACCCAUUCUCUUACCAUCCUUUCACUCAUCACCUUCCAUGGGUUCUCUGAAAAUGAAUUCUUCUCUCAAACUUUCCAACUCAAGUUCUAUUGCUCCACAUCAAACCCAAAAACAAGUAGUUUCUUCUAGUCUCUCUCUGUCCUUCCCAGCUAAUUUUUUUAACAUUUCAACCACCCAUCAAGUAUCUACCACCAGAAGAUGUUCCAAGAACACAAAAACCACAUCAUUUUUCUUCAAUAACCAAAAGGAUCAUACAAAUUCGUCAAAGCCAGCCAAAGUUCAAGAACUAUUUGUGUAUGAGAUCAAUGAACGUGACAGAGGAAGUCCUGCAUACCUUAGACUAAGUCAAAAAUCAGUGAACUCACUUGGAGAUUUAGUGCCAUUCAGCAACAAACUGUACUCAGGAAACUUAGAGAAAAGGUUAGGAAUAACUUCAGGCUUAUGUAUACUGAUCCAGCAUGAACCUGAGAAAAAGGGUGACAGAUAUGAAGCAAUUUACAGCUUUUACUUUGGAGACUAUGGUCACAUAACAGUUCAAGGACCUUAUUUAACAUACCAAGACACAUAUCUAGCUGUAACAGGAGGAUCUGGAAUCUUUGAAGGUGUUUUUGGACAAGUUAAACUUCAACAACUUGUGUUCCCUUUUAAGCUAUUUUACACUUUUUACUUGAAAGGUAUUGCUGAUUUGCCUCAGGAUUUACUUGGGAAGCCUGUUGAUCCAUCACCAAAUGUUGAACCAUCUCCUGCUGCUAAGGCUGCUGACUCUCAUGCCUCUUUACCAAACUUCACCAACUGAUCAUCAGCUUUUUUAUUUUUAUUUUUGAGCUUCAAAUAAAUUUUUGUUGUUUCUUCUUAUUUGUCAUUCAAUUUUAGUCUUCUUUUUAUGUACCGUUUUAGAAUUGGCUGAUGUAUUAGGUAAAUUAUAAUUCGAAUUAGUACAUGUGUUCCUAGAAAAUUAAUUUCAUAUCAAUUAUCAUGAUCUCAUUUAGAUCUCUUGAUCAGAUAACAAACAGUAUU